CCAGAAGGGGAGGGAGAGGGCGAAGACGGCGCCGAAGAAGAGGGUGUAAGACGGGACUUCCCGCCAACCGGCCCCCACCCAGGGCUCCGCCGCCGAGCUCAGCGCCUCCAGCGCGCCCGCCAGCUGUUCCACCAACAUGCCGCUGCCCCGCUGCUGAUGGUGCUGCUACUGAAUGGUGGUGCUGCUGCUGCCGCUGCUGGGGCUGCUGCUGUGCUGUUUAGUGGUGGUGGUGGCUACGGCCGCCUACCUGGCAGCCGAGUGCGGCGGCGGAGGCGCCCCCAGCUUCCCGCGGGCGCCGCAGACGCUGCUGAACGCCGAUCUGAGGCAGGCAAGUCUGGGCGUUGCCUGCCUGCCCGAGGGCAUCGCCCGGGCCGACUGCAAGAAGGUGGCGGGGCCGCUGGUGCUGCAAGUCAGCGAGGUGCGCGACGUGUCUCAGCCCUCCUGCGCUGCCGCCGCCGCCGCCGGCGAGCGGCGCGGCCGCAUCCUGCGCCUGCUGCUCACCGACGGUCCGGGCAGCUGCGCGGCGGUGGAGCUGCAGCCGCUGGCGGCCACGGAGGAGCAGCUCUGUCCGGGCACCAAGUUGUGGGUGCAGCAUGCGACGGCGCGGCUGGGGGUGCUGCUGCUGGAGCCACGCAGCCUGCAGGUGCUGGGCGGGCGUGUGGAGGCUCUGGCGGAGGCGUGGGAGGUGCAGCAGCGGUACGGCGGUACCGCAGCCGACCGCGCCGAGGCCGCGGAUGCCGAGCGCCCGCCCGCCUUCCGCACGUUUGACCCGAAGCUGGCGCGGUACGGCAGCAGGCGCGGCGCGGCUGCCAGGGUUGCCGGCGCGGCGGCACCAGCCGGCGCGGCGGCGCUAGCGCCGCAGCCACCAGCAGCAGCAGCAGCUGCAGCAGGGGCAGGAGCAGGAGCAGGGGUGGCUGGGGCAGCCACCAGGAAGGUGCAGGGCCAGGGAGGCGGUACUACAUCUGCUGCGCCCGCUGCUGCUGCCGCCGCCUCUGCCGCAGCAGCCUCGGCAGCGCUGAAGGCUGCACCGGGUGCAGGCAGGCCACCUCUGCAGCAGCAGGAGCAGCAGCAGCAGCAGCCGCAGCAGCGGGUGCGGCGGGGGGCGCAGCCGUACCAGCCGCCGGUGGCACGGCAGCAGGCGGAAGCGCAGCAGGGGCGGCAGGCGGCGGCAGCUGCAGAGGCCAGCAUGCAGCUGCAGCAGCGGCAGCCGCAGCCGCAGCAGCAGGCUGCCCCACCCCCGCAGCAGCCGCUGCCGCCGGCAGCUGCAGCAGCGCCAGCGCCAGCGUCGGCGCAGGCGCCGGCGCCACCAGCGGCAGCCGCCCAGAAGCUGCUGGGCCGGCUGCAGGCAGAGGAGGGCCGCUUCGGGCGGGGCCAGCCACGGCGGGGGCGGCGCAGCCGAUUCGAGGAGGAUGAAGCCGCAGACGACAGCAGCAUGACACUGGAGGAGUGGGAAGCCAGGCGGAAGGCGGGCGGUACCCGCGACGGUCCCGGAAGCGGUACCGCCCUCGACCCACCCGCCAGUACCGCAGACGUCAGCGACGCAUCGCUGCAGCCACAGCAGCAGCAGCUUCUGUCGGACGAGGAGCUGGCCCGGCAGCUGCAGCGGCAGCUGGACCUGGAGGCGGCGCAGGAGUGGGGGCGUCCCGCUGAGCGGUACCAGGGCCAGGAGCUGGCGGCCUCCCUGCAGGCAAUGUUCCAGUACGGAGGGAGGGAUGGCGGCGAAGGGGUUGAAGAGGCAGGCGGCAGCGGCCCCGGCGGCUACCGCGGCCGCGGCCGCGGCCGGCGCGGCGGCAGGGACGGAGGCAGCGGCCGCGGCCAGGGCCGGGGCCGGGGCCGGCACUCCUCCAUUGAACUGUCAGCGGCAGGAGUGAGCUGGCGCAACCUGCGUGGGCUGACAGCGCUGCAGGAACUGCUUCUCGAAGGGUGCAGCAUUCAGCAGCUGCCAGCAGCGUUGUCGCAGCUUACAAUGCUGACCAGCUUGAGCAUCAGGGACAAUGAUCUUUCGGCGCUGGCGCCGCUGGCUGCCUUGCGGCCGCUGGAACAGUUAGACCUAAGCUGGUGUGAGCUGGCAGCAGUGCCGGAGCAGCUGUCGGCGCUGACAGCCCUGACGCGGCUCAGCCUGUCGUGGAACCGCAAUUCGGUGGGCGGAUGGCAUCACCUGAUUCCCCUCACCCGCCUGCGCUCGCUGGCCCUGGGUGAUGUGCCGCUGCCCGACGGCGUGCCGCCAGAGGUGACCGCGCUGCCGGCACUGACGCACCUGUAUCCUGAGACUCUCCGUUUCUGA